UUAGGUUGGUUAAACUAAAAUUGGGUAAGUUGAAUUGGUGGAAAAUUGAUGUAUAUUGUUUAUUUGAACUGUUACUUUUGUGUAGGUGAAUUGUGUUAUGAUGUUGAAGUUGUGUAUUGUGAAUUGUUUGAUAUAGGUGUUCCAUUUUGUGAUAUUGUAUUAAAUUGUUUGUAAUUAUUGAAUUUGUUUAGGUUUGUUUGUUGUUUAAUUUGGAAUAUGAAUGUUGUGUAGGUAAUUUAUGGCAUCUUCUUCAACUUCUCGUCGUCGGCUCUUAUGUGGUCCUGAGGACCCCUCCGUAUUAUAUCUGCAGAGACAACACGUCUCUAAUAACAUAUGGGCAGGAGUGCCAUCGGAAGACGUACGGUGUAGAAGAUACGAAGGAAUCAUAUGGGAUGUUCCCAUAAAUCCUCGUGUUUUGGCGGUUAUAGAUGAGAUGGGGUUCGGCGGGAUGUUGAGGUGUGGUCAACCGAAAGACAUUGACCACCAUCUUAUCACCGCUUUGAUUGAACGUUGGAGGCCAGAGACUCACACGUUUCACUUUCCAGUCGGUGAAGCGACUGUGAGCUUAGAAGACGUGGAGGUCUUAUGGGGCCUCAAAACUGACGGUGAGCCUCUGACGGGUUACAUCCCCACUAAGGAUGUCAACUAUUGGAAGGAUGUUUGUUUGGAUUUUCUUGGCUUUAUUCCAGAUGCAGUUGAUCUAAAAGAAAUGAACUGGAAGCAGACAAGCUUAUCAAAUCAACUGCGGAUUGAGUUGAGUGAUGACCACGAGCAAUACAUGUACAAUCAACGUGCUCGUGUGUAUUGUCUGCUGUUACUGGGUGGUCUACUGAUCCCGAACGCUACCGGUAAUAAAAUUCCCUUCUUCUACCUUCAGUUUUUCAUGGAUAUAGAACAAUGUGCUAGCUAUAGCUGGGGAGGUGCGACUCUUGCCUGCUUGUACCACAAUCUAUGUGAAGCUGCACUUGGUAAGAGGACCGAUGUCGGGGGAGCUCUUACAUUGUUACAGCUGUGGGCUUGGGAAAGAAUCCCAAUUAUUAGACCGCAGAUGCUGAACCCCGCGCCCGUAGACUACUUACCAUGUGCAGUCGCAUGGACUGGUCGGGCCUCUUAUGUAAAAGCACCGGGGCAUUGCAUUGAAACUUUCAGAGAUCAGUUCUCAACAAUGCAUGCCAAUCAGUUUAUUUGGAGGCCGUAUGAAUCGCGAAAUCUGCCGGAUGUUUGUGUUGCCGGUCGUCCUAUAUGGACGUCGAUGACAACACUAAUCUGCUGGAAUAUGGUUGAGCCACACAUGCCACAACGGGUGUUGCGACAAUUUGGGAUUGUCCAACCUUAUAUCCCGAUUGUCGACCGGUUCCACGGAUCUGAUUUUACGAAACAGGAUCGACGUGGCAAAGCAGGUCGGAACUGGGUUCAGUGGUACGCCAAUCAUAUACAAGAUUGGCAUAAUAGGCACGACACGGUGUAUGUUGAUUUGGAGUACUCAUUGGUGUCUGUUGCUACUGAUGAGUACAUGGAUUGGUUUCGCCGGAUAACCGUGGUGUACCUAACAAAACCUGGGGUGCAUUCUCAUGAGGGCUUCCAUGAAACGGCGGCCUCUCAUCACUACGCGGUGGAGACCCUUCACAAAAUACGCCACUUUCUUAGGGAGCAAGACAUGUCAGGACGGCCGGAUUUAUUCACCAUUUCGAGAAUGGUUGAAGAUGGCCUCCAGAUAUGUGGGGAAGCUGAGACGAUGGACCACCGUCCUUCACAGCGCUCUGAGCUGGACCUUGACAUGCCCGUGCGGCAAAAAGCGAAGCGGCGUGGAAAGAAGAAAGUUGGUGGAGAGUCGUCAUCAUCAAGGAUGGAUACUCAGUUGGUUGAUGAUUCUGAUGACGAUUUUGUGGCUCCACCUCCACCAAGAUCUGCCGUGCGGGGUCGUCACUCUGUCAGCCACACGGGUGGUACAGGAGAAGAUUUCGGUCUCAGCGAUCAACAAUCUCCACCUCGGUCUUCUGCGAGAGACGACAUUUUUGGUGUUGAUUUAGAGAAUGCCGUCGUUGAAGAUACUCCUCCGUCUAGAAUCCCUAAGACCAGCAUCGGGAAGGGAAUCCGUAGUCUGUUUAUGCGUAAAAGGCGAGACGAGUGA